UUUACGUUUUCUAUAGUUAAAUGGUUUAUUAGUUUCUAGUUUUCUAACUAAAACUUACAAAGUUAGAAGUUACACAACAAAAUACAAACUCAUUACCGAAUGGCGAUUACUCUUGCGUAUACCUGAAUUGAGUGUGCUGACCCGCUAAUGUAUAUCGAUAACUGAUUAAUGACAGUCCAAGUAAAGAGUACUGGAAAGUAAUAUAAUAAUAUUGCAUUUUAUAUAUUCAAUUUCUAGUGUGUCAUACUAUAUGAAAUUUGAAUCUAACGAUGUAGGUAUAAAAUACACUGACUGAAACGAUAAAAAUAAGUUCAGGAACUCUUCUACAACUUUACUGUGGUACUGUUAUAAUAAUAAUACUCUAAUUACUCUACCACACUAUGGACGUUGAUAAAUGUAAAAACAAUUUUUUACCUUUACACAAUACCAGAGCCGAAAUUUCUGACAUUCAAAGUAAAUUUUACUCGUGGUUUGAAGAUAAAGGAAUCAUUAACAAGCUGCGAGCACAUAUAAAAGAACAGAUGAUAUCUGCUCUAGAAGACAGCCCUAUGUGGAACAUUAACAAGAGAAAUAUCACUUCCCCAAAAAUUCAAGCCAUCAACCUCUUAGUUGCUGAUUUUCUGAUGAAACAAGAAAAUUUGUUUACAUUGUCUGUGUUCAUCACAGAAGUACCGUUAUUGUGCAAUUUACAUGAAUUCUCUUCCUAUGUAAAUAGUUUGGGUGAAAGCACUCAAAAAAUUCCAGUCACCAAGCCUAGUUUUAAAUUAAAUGAUGUUCAGGAUAUUCUAGAAGCAUUAGGCAUUCAACCAAAUUCUGCUAUCUCAGAAUUGGCGUGCCAAUACUAUUUUAAUGAAAAACAAGUUCAUUCAUUAUUGGCCUGCUUAUUCAGAUCGAUCACUACUAUAACAAAUAAUCUCAGUCAAUGCAAUGAAGUUAAAKUCAAUCAAAACUGUAAGAAAAUAAACAAAUCUAACAAUGUAGAUAGUGAUACUUAUGAACAUAGAUUAAACAGUUGGCUUGUAAGUGUCGAUGACAUAUUGUGCUCAUUCAAUCUAAACGAAGGACAAAAAAAUACUUUAAAAAUGUUAUUAAAAAAAUACCACCAAAAUAACAAUAACCAAGAAGCUACUAUGUACAAAGAACACUUAAGAAAACUAGAAAAAAAGAAUAAGGAAAUGGUUGAUAAAGUUGCAGAUGUAGAACAAAUGGUGGCUGCACAUCUUCAUUCUCGGGAUGAUAACUUUAUGUUUCAAAAAAAAGAAAUAGAAUAUGCCACACAACAGCUUCGUUUAGAACAACAGCAGCUUUAUCACUUAAUUAAUGUGUUUGAAGAAAAAGAAAAGUCCAUGCAAGAAAAAUUGAAUAAGUCAGAAGAAGAGUAUAAUAAAAAACUACAAGAAAUUGAAAAUCAAAAAUAUGAAUUAAGAUUAAAAGAAAUGGACAUUUUGAGUCAUGAAAAAAUGUUAAAAAUAGAGUCACUUAAUUGUAUAAAUGAAACCAAAAUUAGUGAAUCCAAUCAAAUUAAAUUGCUUCAAGAACAAAACAUUAAUUUAGCAAAACAAUUAGGGGAAAUAAAAUCUAAACUUGAUGAGCUUGAAGGAUAUAAAAAAGUUGAGCAGAUAUGUUCAAAAGAUCGAGAAAUAGUGAAAAAAUUGCAAAAAGACAAUGAUGAGUUGCGUGAAUUUAUAAAAGUCCAGCGACAAAGGAUUGAAGAAUUGUCAAAUAAAGCAUUAAAUUUAGCAAAACAAAUUGAAAAAACGCAUCAAGUACCAUUAACCACGAUAGGCUAUGAAAAUAGAAACGUAAAAAAAAAAUUGUGCUUUGUUGACGACUCCGAUAAAAAAAAUCGUUUUACCAACCAAAACAUUUCUUCCACAACUACAGAUUAUUCAACAACUGUGUUAGAUUCUGAUAAUCUAACAGAAGAUGACAUAAUACAAGAAGCCGAAUCGAGACUGAAAACUUUAGAAAUUAAUACAGCAAAAGUAGAACAAAACUUGAAAAAUUUCCAAUUAAAUCGUUCACGCCACAACACAGAUUUCAAAGUAAUUAGAGAUAAGUCAUACAACAAAAUUCGAUCAAACUUUUCAGACGACUCAGAUAAAGACGCAUUGAAACGCAGCAGUAAUAAAAUUAAUUUAAAAGAGCUUGCCAACAAGAUUGGUUAUCAUCGAUCAAUUAGGCGAUCCAUGAACCAAUCACAGUCUGAAAACGAUACAAGCCCUGAAAUCUUACGAAAUACUAAAUUACAGGAUUAUACCAAUUCUACCAAUAUUUCACCAAUAAAAUUAUUGUCACCCAAUAUUAGAGAAAAUUUUACACACAAUGAAUCACCUGCAGAUAAAGUUAAUCUAAGAACUAAUUCUCCAAUUAAUAAAUCCAAUUGUCAUACUGAAGUUUCUCUGAAUAAAUCUAUUAUGUCUACUCAAUCUACAAAAGAACACAAAUUAGAAAUUGAAUCAGAUCCAACAAACACACUUCUUCCUGACACUAACAAUGGUGUUCAUAAUAAUGAUAAUGUUGGUAUACAAUUAACAGAAAAUUUUGAAUCGCCACAAAAAAGAACAUCUGUACARGGAGAUUUAUCAAUAACUAAAAAACUGCAAGAAAGUGAUCACUCGAUUUCAUUUGGUAGUAAUAAAACUGAUAGAUCGUCAGACUUUUGGGCAUAAUAGUAAUAUAUUUUAUUUAU